GCUCAAAGCUCUGGUGUGUUAAAGAUGUUAAACUUCAGCAAGUGUCAUUCAAUACUCAUCACGGGAGCCAACAGAGGGCUCGGACUGGAGAUGGUCCGACAGUUGAUUAGUACCCCGGAAAGACCCCAAAAGAUCAUCGCAACUGCCCGGAAUCCAGACAUUGCAGAGGAACUGCAAGCACUUUCCAAAUCUCAUCCAGAGGUCCAUGUAGUAACUCUUGAUGUAACCAGUGAUGUAAGCGUGAAUGACGCAGUUCAAGCAGUGAAGUCUAUUGUGGGUGCUGAUGGGUUAAAUUGUUUAAUUAAUAAUGCAGCUAUUAACAUCCACUGUUAUUUGGACACCGUCACCCGAGAUGCCAUGAUGAAAACAUAUGAGACUAACACAGUGGCUCCUCUUUUUCUGACAAAGGCUUUUUUGCCAUUGUUGAGAGAGGCUGCGGGUCAGGGCAGUGGAAUGGGAAUUCACAGAUCGGCCGUGAUCAAUGUGUCAUCUCUCUUGGGGUCUGUUGAGCUCAACACGGGCCUUCAAAUACCGUUCUUCAAGAUUUACCCUUACAGGGCAUCUAAGAGUGCGCUAAACAUGAUUACAAGAAGUUUGGCAGUUGAUCUGGAAGCAGAGGGGAUUUUAUGUGUCGCCCUGCACCCUGGUUGGGUGCGCACUGAUAUGGGCGGAGAAAAUGGAGAGUUAAGUGUAGAAGAGAGCAUAUCAUCAGUGUUGUCUGUCAUUUGUGGAUUAACCGAGAAAGAUCAUGGUGGAUUUGUGAGCUACAAAGGAGAAACAAUGCCCUGGUGAUAUCCACCCGCGUGCAAGUGCCAAUUUUCGGCGAAAUAUUUGGAUUAAAUAUUCAUGAAUUUCCUCUUUCCACCUGUUUCUAUAUUCCUGUAUGCAUGUGAUCAAUUAUUUGGGGUGUAGUGUAACAUAAAUUAUAUACAUUUGUAAGGUUCUAUAAAAAGAUUAUCAUUAUGAUCCUAUGAUGAAAUGUUAUGGUGUCUUUUAAAAUAAAUACUGUUUGUGCUUUA